AAUGCUCUCACCUAAUCCCCUGGUCGCUAGCCUUAUCCACACGCUGAGUUGCUAUGAACCAUACAUCACAUCAUCUUUUCUUUUCUCUUCCUCUCAGACCACCACUCCGUCUCUUGAUUUGAUUUCUUUAUCUCUAUGAUCGGCGGGUACAAGAAAGAACAAGACUACAGGCCUAAUGAAUCGCAAAAUUGAAUGGCAAUCGCAGUGGUGGACGUGGUGCUGUGGCGGUCCAAGGCGGCGCGUCUCCUCAACCGGCCGCUGCCGCCGGUCCCGGACCUGCAGCCGGCGGUGGAGGGAUUCACGUCCCUGCUCCACUCCGGCCUCACGGACCUCUCCGCCGCCUUCCGCCGCGUCACGCUCGGCGACCCCGACUCGGGCGGCCUCUUCUGCCGAGUCGUCCUCUGCCUCGCCGCCGCAUCCCUCCUCGCCGGCCUCGCCCAAGACCUUCCCACCUUCUGCUACGCGGGCGCCGUCGUCGCCCUGACGGUGCUGGCCCUGCACCAGAGGUGCUCCAUGGAGCGGUACGCGAGGCUGGCGUGCCUGAACCUGUACAGGUACGAGCUGGUGUACCAGAGCUUCUCCCUCAGAUGCUACCUCAGCGCCAGGGACUACCUCAUUGAGCUGCUCAAGGAACCCUGUCGAGCGUCAGCCAAGCCUCUCCUCGCUGUAGCGCUGCACCAGCCCCGCCGUCUCGACGCUGGCAUCCUCCGCUGCGGGCAAGGGAGAGUAACCGCGCUCCUGAUUUUGGCGGCGUGCGGGAGCCGGCCGGCGGCACGACAGUCUGCCGUGCGGCGGCGCGCGGGAGCCGACAAAGGGCGAGUCUGCCGCGUCCCCUCGACCAGGGCCGCCUCGCAGCGCCUUCAUCUGUCCUCGCCGCGGUCAGAGAUGCUGCCGCCGCGGGGCAGCGACUCCCUUCUCGCCCCCAUCCCCAAUGUCUACCAGGGGUGUCGCCCAAACUACCUUCUCCUGUGCGGCCAUGGUUGCCGCCGCGUCCUUGCUGCCGAUGCCGCGAGGUCCACCCUCAGCCGCCGGAGGUGUUGCUGCCAGUCGCGGAUGGCGUUGCUGCGUGCGCCCGGCCGCGUUGCUGUCAAUGGAGGAUGGAGUUGCUCCCUCCGGCCGUCGGCGUUGCUGUCAAUGGAGAUUUUGCGACAUGCAUUAUGUGGAUUUGCUGUCAUAUCUAGAUUUGUUUGA